AUGUCAGAGCAGGUUCAGAGUUGCAAGACCACUAUCACCGCGGUGGUCACUAUCGCAACGCUGCGACUUCAAGAGCUCGAUGCUGUCGACAGGAUUCAGGAAGGUCCCUGGAUGGUCGAGAGCACGGCAGUCACGCGAGGGCAAAUUGAGGAGGAGAACAAAGCACUGCACACGUCCCGGGAGAUUCUCGGUGCAUUGUUGCUCAAGGCGCAGGAGGAUGCUGUGGUGAAUGUAGCAGCGAAGGACAAGAACGAAUUCGUGCACGUAACGUUUGGAACGAACAACUCUGGCUUGCAGAUUGCGGUUAGCAAUGGUGCGAUCAGUGGGAUCACCUUUGGGGCGAGCCGAUAA